AAUAAUCUGGCAGUUUGUUUGCCAUUAGUAAUUGAAUUGGGUUGAUGUAAAUGUUAUUAUUUCUUCUUUCUAGGUAUGGAACGAAGCGUACACAUUCUAUUAGGAGUCACCGGAAGCGUUGCAGCAAUUAAAGCCAAACAAUUAGUUCAACUAUUGCAGGAACCAAAGUCGGAAGAUGUCUUCAUCGAAGUUAAAGUGGUUGCAACAGAAAAUGCUUUACACUUCUUUUCGUUGGAGGAACUGAAAGAGAUUGCUCCGGUUUUCAGAGACGAAGACGAAUGGAAGACCUGGAAGAAAAUUCCGGAUCAAGUCCUUCACAUCGAACUAAGGAAGUGGGCAGACAUCAUGGUUGUGGAGCCACUGGAUGCGAACUCUUUGGCCAAACUAGCCGGCGGCAUCUGCGACAACCUUCUGACCUGCAUCGNAAUUAGAACUAAUAAUGACAACUUCCUCAGCACUGAAACACGAAUUGCAAGACAUCUGCGAAAAGCACACAGAGAUUUGGGAGAUGUUUGA